AUGGGUGAACGACGGAAACUCGGCGAUGUCGCCCUUGACCUUUUAUUAUUUGCCGGCAUGAUGACAGCUGGACUCUAUGUCGCCAGAAAUCUUCUCACACCGAUGCUGAGCAAUCUGGCUGACCCCGACAAAGAAAAACACGAACAAGCCAGACGGCAGGCCAAGGCACACCUCGAGCGAUUGAAUCGUCAGCGGAAUAUAGACCGAGAUGGAGACGAUGAGAGCGGAGAUGCCAGGAUGAUUCAAAGAGUUGAGGAUCUGGUUUUGAACGAGUACGAGAACUUGGUCGCGCUGGAAAUGGUCGCCCCAGAGGACAUACACGUUGGAUUUAAUGGUUGUGGAAAGACCAUGCUGGCAAAGGCGUUAGCCCUUGAAAGCGGAGCUUCGUUCAUCAACCUUCACAUCUCCACCAUGACAGAGAAGUGGUACGGUGAUUCUAACAAAAUAGUUCGUGCUGUCUUUUCCUUGGCACGUAAGAUGCAGCCAGCUAUCAUAUUCAUCGACGAAAUAGACGCGGUUCUAGGAACAAGGAGGAGCGGGGAGCACGAGGCCAGCGGUAUGGUCAAAGCUGAGUUUAUGACACUAUGGGAUGGCCUAACAUCGGCCAAUGCAUCGGGAAUGCCAGCUCAAAUCGUCGUUUUAGGGGCUACAAACCGCAUACAUGACAUUGAUGAGGCAAUCUUGCGCCGUAUGCCCAAAAAAUUUCCUGUGCCUCUCCCUGGCCUUGAACAGCGACGCAAAAUAUUGCAGCUCAUUCUACAGGAUACAAAGACAGACGCUGAGCAUUUUGAUUUGGACUACGUAUCGAAGAUCACUGCAGGAAUGUCAGGUAGUGACAUCAAAGAAGCUUGCCGUGAUGCCGCCAUGGCACCUGUUAGGGAGUACAUGCGACAAUACAGAGGUGAGGGGCGGCGAAUGGCUUCGGUUGAUUCUAGUCAAUUCCGCGGUAUUAGGACGGAUGACUUUCUUAGCAAUCGAGGCAGCCAUAUGGACAAGACGGAUGGCAAGAGCACCAAAGACGCGGCUGGCAAGAGGAAAAACAAGAGCCGAGGAUCUGGUGGCGAGUAUGAGAACGUGGAUGAACUCCUGGUCGAAAGCCAGGAUUAG